GAUCUGCACUCGUUCGGAGGAACAGCUGACAGGAAUCAGCAGGAGUUUGUUUGAGGAAUAAAACUUAUUCAAGAUCUUCAGACUUUUUCUUCCAGACUUUCUACAGGUGAUACGAGUGUCGUCAUGUCAGCUGCCAGCUGCCUCCUGCAUGAGGAGCAGUUCCUGUGCUGCAUCUGCCUGGAUGUUUUCACCCAUCCCGUCACCAUCCCGUGUGGACACAACUUCUGUAAAACGUGCAUCACGCAGCACUGGAACGUGAACAGUUCUCGCUACCAGUGUCCCAUGUGUAAAAAACACUUUACAGCACGUCCCGACCUGCAAGUCAACACUUUCAUUUCCGAGCUGGCUGCUGAGUUCAAGCAGGCGGCAGGGAAGGAGAGCGGUGGCAGCCCGCAGAUACUGCUGGCCAAACCCGGAGAAAUCCCCUGUGACGUAUGCUCAGGAACCAAACUGAAGGCCGUCAAGUCCUGCUUGACUUGUUUUGCCUCAUACUGCGGCAUCCAUCUUGAUCCUCACCAGACAUCCGCUCGCCUGAAAACACACAUGCUGACUGACCCGGUGGAGAACAUGGAGGCCAGGGUGUGUUUGGACCACAAGAAGCCACUGGAGCUGUUCUGUAGGACUGAUCAGAUGUGUGUGUGCUCACACUGCAUCGUUGCAGAGCAUGCAGCACAUAACAUCACCUCCCUGAAAGAUGAAUGUGACACGAGGAAGGCCGAGCUGCAGCAGACAGAGGAUGAAAUCCAGCAGCUGAUCCAGGAGAGGCAGCUGAAGAGCCAAAGGAUUCACCAGCUGAAGAAGCACAGCAAGGAUGACGCAGCCAGCGAGAUCUCGCAGGGAGUUUGCAUCUUCACUGUUUUCAUGCAGGCUGCAGAGAGAGAUCUGAACCAGCUCAUCGAGGUGAUUGAAGAGAGACAGAGGAGGACAGAAGAAGAGGCCGAUGGCUACAUUGCAGAGCUGGAACAAGAAAUAUCUGCUCUGAAGAAAAGAGCUGCAGAUGUGCAGCUUCUCGCAACCUCUCAGGACUAUCUCCACCUCCUCCAGAAGUCCAGGAUCAUGGACUCUGCUGUAAGCUCUAAGAGCUGGACUGAGGUGAGCGUCCGUCCUCCGUCGUACGAGGGGACUGCACUGAAAGCCGUGGCUGAGCUGGAGGACAUGCUCAGCAGAGCGAAGGAGGAGCUUCUUGGUGGGGCCAGACUGAGACGAGUGCAGCAGUACGCGGUGGAGGUGAGGCUGGAGCCUGGAACAGCCAAUCCGUGGCUCAUCCUGUCAGACGAUGGGAAGCAAGUCUGGUGUGGGGAGGUCAGACAGGACCUUCCAGACAAUGUGGAGAGAUUUUCUCUUUACAUAAACGUCUUAGCACAACAGACUUUCUCUUCUGGAAGGUUCUACUACGAGGUGCAGGUUCGAGGGAAAACUGACUGGACUCUGGGGGUGGUCAGUGUGUCCGUGAACAGGAAGGGAACAAUCCCACUCAGCCCCGCUAAUGGCUACUGGGCUAUAGGUUUAAGGAAUGGAAACCAGUACCUAGCUCUGACCAGCCCCGUGGUCAGCCUCGGCCUGGACCCGAGGCCUCAGACGGUGGGGGUGUUUGUGAGUUAUGAGGAGGGGCUGGUGUCCUUCUACGACGUGGACGAAGCGAUUCUUCUGUACUCCUUCACUGCCUGCAGCUUCACGGAGACGCUGUGUCCCAUCUUCAGUCCAGGUCUUCAUCACGGUGGUCUGAACGCCGCCCCUCUGAUCCUUUCACCCUCCGGUCCCACCGAUCAGACGGCUGCAUGAAGGACUGUUUUCCACUAGCUUUUCCAUUUUUAUUGGAUAAAAGUCUAUUUUAAAGAACGUAAACUUAAUUACAUUUCACAUUUCUCUUCUUCCAUCAUUGUCCCACAUUCACUGUAAAAUAACCGCCUAAUGCAGACGGCGCUCGCAGCUUCUUUCCCUGCAGCUGAGGCCUGAGGUGUGUUCUAAAGACAUGGGUUGGAUUUUUACAUUUUUAGGGGCUUAAAAGAGGCCUACAGAGGCCCGUGUGUGUUUUUCUAUUUGCAAAAUCAUGUAGUUUAGAGCAAACAGAAAAUCAGAUUGAUUCAUGUUGAACAAAUAGAUAAAAAGUGUGUGAAAUAACUAAGACGUACAACUCAAGAUAAUUCCAGUCGAGUUUUUAUGACUGAAACGGGAGGAAGACGUUUUUCGCUCCAUCUCUGGUAGGAACCUUGGCAUCACCUUUGAUUGUGGUUUACUUUGGAUGCACAUGUUAAUUCUCUGGUUCGUUCUUGUUUUUAUCAUCUGAGAAUUGCUGCCAGACUAAGCUCCAUUGUGUCAUGUCCUGAGCUGGAAAACAUUAUUAAUGCUUUGGUUUUAUCAGGAUCGGAUUAUUGCAACGCGCUACACACACGUCUUAGCAAAACAGCUGCGAGUUGUUCAAAAUGCUGCAGCCAGGCUUCUGACAAAAUCCUCCAAGUUUUCACGGUGACUCCAGUCUGGAUGAAACUUCACUGGCUUCCGGUUUCUUUCAGAGUGCAGUUUAAGAUUCGUUAACUGACUUGGAGACAGGCUUCAUGGACAGGCACCAGCUUUUUCACCCAGAUGUUCCUGGAGGUCCUGGGACCAGGGCCUGCUGAUGGUGGCCCAUAAGCUUCUGUUCUGGUCCAGACUCUGGAACAUUCUUCCUUUGGACUUGAGACGGGUGGAAUCUGUGGUUGCUUUUGAAAGCCAGUUAAAACAUCUUUUAAAUCUGCUUUAUUGCUUUAUCUUGUUUUUAUAAGUCACACAACAGGCAGUAAAAACUUUAAAUAAUAACAUAAAAUUACCCUAAAUGUGAAUUUAGUUAAACACAUAAUGAGACAGUUUGGUUACCGGGACACUUCUUCCUCAUAAUCUUUUUAGAAUUAUUGUUUAAUUGCACUUUUAAUGUAGCUUUAUUUUUUGUGAAACGUCUAGAUUGUAUGUAAACUUGUGUCAUUUGUACGCACUAAAUGUGCGUACUGCCGUAUGCCUCAUUGCCUCUGACCCAGGUCGUCUGGGCCACAUUACCAGAGAAAACCAAAGAGAUCAUCACUGAUUUCAGCUGCUCGCUGCCCUCCGUGGCAUCAUGGGAGGAGGUGGAGCGGGGACCCACUCUGCAGCAGCGAGGACAAUCAAUACCUGCAACUUGGUAAAAAAAAAAAAAGAAGCCCAACAG